AUGGCUUCAGCUUAUACAUCAGCUCUUUACGUUGGAAACCUUCACCCAGACGUAACUGAAGCAUUAUUAUUUGAGACAUUUUCAUCCUUCGGAAAAAUAUGUUCAGUGAAAGUAUACCGAGAUCUUCUUACACGUACGUCCUUAGGAUAUGCUUGUGUUGCUUUCUUGCAACAGCCUGAUGCCGAGAGGGCUUUGAAAGUUAUGAACAAUGCCUCCCUGAAAGACAAACCACUUCAAAUAAUGUGGGCACAUCUGUGUAAAGAUCUGUUAGAGGAAGAUCCCGAUGACGAUUAUUCAUUAGACUAUGACCUUGACUAUGAAACUUUGCUUGACUGA